GGGUGAACUAUCCCUUUAAUGUUGCCUGUCAGCCACGGUGCAGGGCUUCUCCUCCGGCGCAUGCGCUCCGUGGAAUAAUGAGCCGCUUCGGAUUCUACUGUGUUUUCAUCUUCUUACUGAUAAAAAGCCCGAGUCUGAUUCUCUUCUUGUGUUUCGCCAUUUUUGUUUAUGUUCACUACAGAACGCGAUAAAAAGUGGAACGAGCAGAGAGUAAAAACCGAGAUGAGAUAGAGACAGAUUCUGGAUGGAACCGACAUUUGUUUGUUUACACUGUAACGCGUCAUGGAACCUGUCGUCCUUGUCUCCUCGGCUCUGGAUGGCGUCAGUCUGGAGUGAUGGACUGCGCUGUUCCCGUCACGGAGGUCGUCACCCCGCACACACUGGUUGCGUUACCGAGCGGAGAUAAGACGUAGGAGCCUGAUGAUAAGAGUCUAAUAAACUCUGAUGCUCACAGAGAGAAGAUGUCAGCUCCGCUCAAACCACCACAGGGAAGGAUUCAUCUGAUCAGCAGUUCUCCCCUGACAACACUCAGCAGUAACCCUCCAUCUCUGUCGACUCUUUGCACCGAUGGGUCUCUCCCUGUCUGCGUUGCUGUGCAGCAGAGCAGCUCAAAGCCCUCCCUCCUCUUCCUCAGCCUUCCCUCCCCUCUCCGUCCCCAUCUCGUCUCGCCUCGCCAUCACCCUGUCCUUUUCCCCAGUCGCCCCGGGAGACAGCCGCUCACACUGGAGCUCAGUCCACCGCUCUCCUCACCUCCUGCUCUCCGCCUGCAAGCAGCAGGUCACGCGUUGGCCUGUGGAGCUGAGCAGCGACGGGGUGAGAGCGGAGGUGGGGGUGACAGGCGGCCUUCACGUCUGGGAGGUGCUGUGGAACCCGGACCACAGAGGGAGUCACGCCGUCAUGGGCGUCUCCAGGCGGGACUGUCUUCUGCAGGCCGUGGGGUACAACGUCCUGGUGGGUGGGGAUGAACAGUCCUGGGGCUGGGAACUCAAAACCAAUCAGCUCUGGCAUGGUGGACACAGUGUGGGACUUUACCCAGAGAAGAUGAGGAGGUGUCCCUCUGAUUUGAAGCCACACACUUCAGACAAAAAAGAUCCGGUGGAGGCCCCUCUCCCCAUCCCUGAGCGGGUCCUGCUGGUCCUGGACGCCGAUGCCGGGACCCUGGGAUUCGUUGUUGAUGGCAGCUUCCUCGGCGAGGCGUUUAAAGACCUUCCUCGUGGGGUUGAGCUGUUCCCAGCGGUGAGCAGCGUGAGAGGGGGGGCCAGCAUACGACUGCGCUACCUGAACGGUGCCACACGUGACCCUCCUGCCCUGAUGCCUCUAUGUGGACUGUCCAUUCGUCACCUUUUAGGGGAACAGAGGCAGAAUCAAACUGACAAACUGCCUCUACCACCUCUUCUGCAGAACUACCUGCUUUCUAUUCAUUAAUCUGCAAACACACACACACACACAUGCAACUAAACCCUUACCCUAACCCCGACCUAAACCUAAUUCUAACCCUAACUCUAAAACCAAGUCGUAACCCUCAAACAGCCCAUUGAAUUUGUGAGGACCAGCCAAAAUGUCCUCACAAUGAUGGUAUUGAACCAAAAUUGUCCCUCAUAACUAUAGAUAGACAAACACACGUGCACAAUAGGAAAUAUUUUGUUGUUAUUGCACAGAACUUACAGUUCGUUUACCUUUACGAAAAACGAUGUGAAUAUUUGCCACAUUACGGUUAAAGAAGUGUAUUUAUUAUUCAUUUUAUUUAUUGCAAUGCGAUAAUUAUACAGGUUCCACUCUUAUGUGAGAUAUUAAAAUAUCAAAUAUGAACUGGAAAUUGGGAAUGCUGGGAAACUGGGAAUGCUGUGAGCACUGUUUUGCAAAUGUUGCGUGUGUCUUUAAUUCUGAAUGUUUCUUUCUUUGUGUAUAAAAUAAAUGUCUCUAAUUUGAA